AUGCGAGAGUCGCUCCUGGAGCAAAAAGAGGAAUCUGCCGAGGAGUUUCGCGAGCAAAGAAGGCGCAAACGAAACCCCUCAGAGGAGCAGAAUAAAAAGCCAAAGCCGUCACCCAACCCGAGGGACCCCAGGAUAAAAUCCCAGGUUGAAGUACCAACAAGGAACUUUUUUGCGACCCUCAGGACAACGGAAAUGGACGUCGCGGAGGAGACAACCGAGAAGGAAGAGCAGCAGUCAUCUUGCAGCAGGUCAGGACAAAGCUAUCUGAACAAGAAUGUAAUGCAACAAAGUGGAGGGCAGGUUAGUAAUGGGAAGCCAUAUUCUAGCAAGAUUUGCGGCAAAGCAUUUACACUGCAAGGCAAUCUGCAAAAGCAUGAAGUAACUCACAGUGGUCAGAAGUCUUAUGUUUGUAACAUUUGCAACAAAGCCUUUAACCAACAAGGGAAUUUGUACAAACACCAAAAGAUUCAUACUGGUGAAAAACCACACAUAUGUGGUAUGUGUGGGAAAGGCUUUUCCCAGCGUGGUAAUCUUCAAAAGCAUGCUUUAAUACAUACAGGGAUGAAGUCACAUGUGUGCACUGUCUGUGGAAAAGGGUUUAACCAGUUGGGUAAUUUGCAUAAACAUGAAUUCAUUCAUAGCGGGGAGAAACCACAUGUCUGUGGAAUUUGUGGUAAGGGCUUUAGCCAACAAGGAAAUCUACAUAAACAUGAAUUUAUUCACACAGGACUGAAACCCCAUAUUUGUAAACUCUGUGGGAAGGGUUUUACACAGCAAGGCAACUUGAAGAAACAUGAAGUAAUACAUACUGGUGAAAAGCCUUUUUCGUGUAAUGUAUGUGGAAAGUGUUUUACACAAGAAGGAAAUCUUCAGAAGCAUGAGAUAAUUCAUACAGGGAGGAAGCCUCACAUGUGUAAAAUGUGUGGAAAAAGUUUCUCCCAGCAAGGGAAUUUAAGCAAGCAUUUAAUUAUUCACAGUGGACAGAAGCCAUAUAUUUGUAGAAUCUGUGGUAAGAGGUUUACACAGCAGGGGAAUCUGCAGAAGCAUCAGAUUCUUCACACAGGACAGAAGCCACAUGACUGUAAAGUGUGUGGCAAGAGUUUUACCCAACAAGGGAACUUGCGUAAACAUGAAAUAAUACAUACUGGUGAAAAGCCGUUUGGCUGUAAGGUGUGUGGUAAGCAGUUCUCCCAAGGAGGAAAUUUAAAAAAACAUAUGGUUAUUCAUAGUGGACAGAAACCACAUGCAUGUGUGAUAUGUGGUAAGGCAUUCUCUCAGCAAGGGAAUUUGCAAAAACAUGAGAUUAUUCACACUGGAGAAAAACCUUAUCCUUGUACUGUCUGUCAAAAGAGGUUCACUCAACAAGGAAAUUUGAGAAAACACGAGACUCUACAUCUUGGGCAGAAGUCUCAUGUUUGUGAUGUUUGUGGAAAAGAAUUUUCACUUCAAGCAAAUCUCAGCAAGCAUGCAGCAUUUCAUAAUAGACUGUCAGUGUUUGGUUGGUGA